CCACCUCUCGUGCGCCACGCGGUUAAACCGGGCACUGACGGUUUUCAGACGGCGGUGAACUGUUUAUACACUGACGUGACUUUUAAGUUUAAAAGCUGAAGUAAAACUUCUUGAAAAACGACCCGCGUCUCUUUUACGUGCGGGGCGAGGAUGAAGGAGCUCCUGAGGGAGAAGUCGAGCUGACACGGUAGGAGAAGACCAACCGCCACCGCAAAAACGGGAUUAGUAAUGCUGAAAAGAUAAGGGACGUACUCCCAGUGAUGGUGAACGCACUCGCCGUCGCUCCUUCGCUCGGUUUUCGGGGUGUUUUAGCUGUUUUAGACGCGGACGCGGUGCGGAGAGACGACCGUUAAGCGGAGGAUUUGGACCGGCUGCUUUAGCUAGCAAAUAACGGCUAACAAGCCGCAGCGGCGACAGUGGCUUCCAGAGGCGCAAUGAACUCUCUGCUGUUCGGUGACGGUCUGCCGUCGGCCGCCGCGAUGCUCUCGGCCCUGCACGGCGGCGGCGCCACCGGCGGCAGUCCCGGAGCUCCAGCGGCCGCCCUGAGGAACGACCUGGGCUCCAACAUCCACGUCCUGAAGACGCUGAACCUGCGCUUCCGCUGCUUCCUCGCCAAAGUCCACGAGUUGGAGCGGCGGAACAAGCUGCUCGAGAGCCAGCUGCAGCAAGCGGCCGAGCGGGCCAGGUACCACAGCCUGUUCGCCCGAGACGUCGCGGUGCAGACGGACUCUCCGCAGGAGUCUCGGCUGCCCGGCACGAUUUGGAGCUUCACGCACGUGUGGAAGUCCGGAGAGCGCGUAGAGACCGUUCACGGACCCGGUGUGUCCUGGACCCAUCCGGACGGAGUCGGGGUGCAGAUUGACACCAUAACGCCAGAGCUCCGAGCCCUGUACAACGUGCUGGCCAAGGUGAAGAGAGAGAGGGACGAGUACAAGAGAAAAUGGGAAGAGGAGCUGUCCAGACGAGAGCAGAUGGAGUCGAUGGUGGAGACGCUACAGGAGACUGUUCAGGAGUCAGAGGCUGUUCAGGAAGAGCUGAAGAACAAAGUGGAGAGAUUAAAGGCAGAGCUAGUCGUCUUCAAGAGCCUCAUGAGUGAUGGUGGCUGGCGUCUCGGUUCUCGCUCUAAAACCGCAGAAAACCAGAGGAAGUUCCUCGACCUGAAACAAAUGUCUGAACUGGACACCAAGAUCCAGGAGAAGGCCAUGAAAGUAGACAUGGACAUCUGCAGGAGGAUCGACAUCACGGCAAAACUUUGCGACGUGGCACAGCAGAGAAACUCAGAAGACAUGUCUAAAAUGUUCAACGUCAGUCCAUCCAGGGCCCCAGCGGGGGCUGUGGCCUGCAGGAGGAAGGAGAAGAAGGCUGGGUCAGACGAGGAAAGCUCCGAAAUGGAUGCAGAUCCCAGCACCUCAGAGGAAGAAGUGCCUGGAUCUCUCAACAUUACAGACGAGAUGAAGAGGAUGCUCAAUCAACUACAUUGCUCAGAUAACUCAUUUGUUGCCAGGCGGGAGACUUUUGACAUAGACGAUGACUGUGACAGUUUGACAUGGGAAGAGAACGAAGAGACGCUGCUGCUAUGGGAAGACUUCACCAACUACAACGUGCCCUUCUCCAUCAACAGCACAGCCAACGGCCCAGACUGCAAUGGAGGCAGCCAGGAAGCGGUUUCGCAGGACGGCAGUCUGGGCAGCCUUAUCGACGAGACUGAGUCUCUUUUCAAGGCCAGAGAGCAGGAGUACCAGGCAACUAUUGGCCAGAUUGAGAUGGAGCUGGCUACAGCUAAGAGUGACAUGAACAGGCAUCUGCAUGAGUACAUGGAGAUGUGCAGUAUGAAGAGAGGGCUGGAUGUGCAGAUGGAGACAUGCAGGAGAAUGAUCAAGGGGGGCAGGAACUCUCCGUCCUUCAGCUCAGUGGCGAGCAGUGACUCAGGGAACACUGAUGAGAUUCAGGAUGAGUCGGACAAGGAUGGAGACACAGAGGGGCCAAUCAGCUGAUAUCGGCCGAGCUUGGCCCCGCCCCUCCCCUCACUGAGCUCCAAUCAGCUCCAGGGCCGCUCAGCAUUCGGCCAGUGAUUCUGAGCAGUAUCAGUCCAAAGGAGCUCUGAGGGACAGGGCCCAUUUCUGAGAAUACUGUAGGUGCUUUAAAAAGUCUCCGUUUCUUUGGGGGGGGAAUGCUCCUUGAGUGUUUUUUUGAAAGGGUCAUGCAGCAUCACGGCUGUGCUCUUUUCCUCCGUCUGCUGAGGCUCCACGCUUACCUUAUAGGGUACCCAUCAAUCAAAUCAACCUAACCAAUCACAAUCAUCAUUCACAGCAGUGUCACCAUAGACAAGCCAAAAAUAUAUCAAGCCAAAUUCACUGAGAGACGAUCAAUAUCUGUAGCAAGAAACCACAGCAUUUUACAGGGAAUAAAACACAUAAAGAGCCAUUCGUCUGAAUAUCCAGCAUGUGUUUGAAUAUUCAUUAGGAAAAGAUGCCAGGCUGUAUUUUCUGCAUUUUGUACAAUUCACUUUUUUCACAUGGUGGUUAUUUUGCUUAUUACGUCACACCCAGGGUGGGAAGAGGCUAAUUAUUGUGCAUUGGGGUCAUCGCCAAGGCUCUGCUUAUGACUAGAGGAAGGCUUAAAGUUAAUGUCAUUUACUGACAUUAUUGCUGCUAUCAAAAACAAAUCGGGCAGUAGUUUUCUCUGAAGAGGAAGCUGUUCUCCGUUGCACGUUCAUGUUGUUAAUAUUAGCUAGCAGUCAACAGAAAUAAACUGUGGGUUGAAGUUUAUAUUAAUAUUACCAUUUAUUAUAUUUGUACAGUGUUAUUAGAUUGCUUUCCAUGGCUGGACUGUUCAUAUCUCUUCUUGGUCAUGAUGAAAAUGGUGCUGACAUCCGAACUCUGCCAAUUUGUGUUGCGUCAAAAAUAACCAUAACGAACUGCAUAACAAACUUAAUCAUGUGGUGCCUCCUAAUGUAAAACCCAGUCUUACAGUAAAACGGAGACCACUUGACAGCAGCAUAUUAUUACUGUCAUGCAAAAAUAUUGUAUCUCCACUUUUG